UGCCUCACAGCUCUCCUCCUGGCCCCUGAAACUUGGCUGCCCGGGAAGCUGGGGUCGCCCUGUGAAGGUUUUCCCUCCAUACUGGACCCCUACAGGGAGCCACGUGUGCCCAGCCGGGGCACUGCCCCAGCUGAUGCCCCAGAGGUGCCACACAUCUCAAGAGAGGCUCUGGGCCCGGCCCUGCCUCCUCAUGGCACAUGAGUCAGAGACUGAGGCUGACGGGCUGUUGGACCUCAGCUUCCUGACGGAGGAGGAGCAGGAAGCCAUCGCUGAAGUCUUGAAGCGAGAUGCCCACCUGCGCCAGCUGGAGGAGGGACGGGUCAGCAAGCUCCGGGCAUCCCUGGCAGACCCUGGGCAGCUGAAGAUCCUGACGGGGGACUGGUUCCAGGAGGCACGCUCCCAGAGACACCACCAGGCCCACCUUGGCUCCGACCUGGUCCGAGCCUCCAUCCGCAGGAAGAAGACUUUCCUGGGAGGUCAGGCUCUGGGAGGCACCAGGAAAGCUGAGGCUCCUGGGAAAGGGGAUGAAGAGGAGCCAGAGCCCAGACUCCCCAUCAGCCCAGCACCCCAAGAGAGGCUCAGCAAGACUGAGGGACCUGAUUCCCCUUCACCAUAUGUGUCCCCAGAGGCCUCGGAUCAUGAGGAACCACAGGCCUGGGAAGCCCCGCGCCCAGGGUGCGCGCCGGUCGGCGCUGCUGCUGCUGCCGCUGCUGCCCGAGCUAAGGAGGCGGACCCGGAGCCGGAGACGCGGUCCCGGGGAGAGAAGGCGCCACCGCCUCCCUCGGCCCAGAUCCAGGUGGAGACCGAGAUCCUGGAGAACGGGGACCAGGCCCUGGAGCCCAGCCCCUCCCUCAACCGCAUGCUCAGCAGCAGCUCCUCGGUGUCCAGCCUCAACUCCUCCACGCUGAGCGGCAGCCAGAUGAGCCUGGCAGAGGCGGAGGCGGGCGCCGUGCAGGUGCGCGGCUCGGUGCACUUCGCGCUGCGCUACGAGCCGGGUGCCGCCGAGCUGCGCGUGCACGUGAUCCAGUGCCAGGGCCUGGCCGCCGCCCGGCGCCGCCGCUCCGACCCAUACGUCAAAAGCUACCUCCUCCCGGAUAAGCAGAGCAAGCGCAAGACCACCGUGAGGAAACGGAAUCUGAACCCCGUCUUCAACGAGACUCUUCUGUACUCUGUCCCGCAGGCCGAGCUUCAGGGCCGCGUCCUCAGCCUGUCCGUGUGGCAUCGCGAAAGCCUGGGCCGCAACAUUUUUCUGGGGGAAGUCGAAGUGCCUCUGGACAGCUGGAACUGGGACUCCGAGGCCACCUGGCGCCCCCUGCAGCCCCGGGUGCCGCCUUCUCCCGACGACCUUCCCAGCCGCGGGCUGCUCUCUCUGUCCCUCAAGUACAUCCCUGCCGGCUCUGAGGGCGCCGGUCAGCCCGAGAGCGGGGAGCUGCACUUCUGGGUGAAGGAGGCUCAGGACCUCGUGCCGCUGCGCCCGGGAACCAUGGACACCUACAUACAGUGCUCAGUGCUCCCUGAUGACAGCCGCGCCAGCCGCCAAAGGACGAGAGUGGUGCGACGCAGCCUCAGCCCCAUAUUCAACCACACCAUGGUCUAUGAUGGCUUCGGGCCCACUGAUCUGCGCCAGGCCUGUGCCGAGCUUUCCCUCUGGGACCAUGGGGCCCUGGCCAGCCGCCAGCUGGGGGGCACACGCCUCAGCCUGGGCACCGGCAGCAGCUAUGGGCUCCAGGUGCCCUGGAUGGAUUCCACACCUGAGGAGAAGCAGCUGUGGCAGACACUCCUGGAGCGGCCAUGUGAGUGGGUGGACGGCCUUCUGCCUCUCAGAACCAACCUGGUCCCCAGGACAUAGCUGCCCCACAAGCCCUGCCAAACCCUCCCUGCACCCCCAUCUCAGGCCUGCCCUUGGCUAAC